CAAAUUUGGCCCAUCGCUGCUACACCGUAAAGCCACAAAUUAGUUUUUUUUCUUUCUUAAUCCUUAGGAAGUCAGGAAAUAUAAGCAGCUGAGUAGGACAAUCUGGCACCGUUGCCUCACACACAAAGGACAGAGUACAAACUGAAAUGCCAUGGCAGCCGAGCGCCGUGGGUCUUGGAGCAUCUAAUCCACAACGCAAAGCUCAAAUUCAGAAUCCCGGACAUCGCUACUAUUCUAGGGUAGCGUUAACACACUUGGAAAAAUGUCAAAAAAUCUUUACAUUUCAUUCGUCUUUGCCACACAACACUCAGGAAAAGGUCGCUAUACAGUUUUAAAAUUUCAUUCAUCUUUGUCACAUCCUCCCUCCAAGCACACAGCACUCAGGAAAAGGUCACUAUACAGUUUUAAAAUUUCAUUCAUCUUUGUCACAUCCUCCCUCCAAGCACACAACACUCAGGAAAAGGUCACUAUACAGUUUUACAAUUUCAUUCGUCUUUGCCACACAGCACUCAGGAAAAGGUCACUAUACAGUUUUAAAAUUUCAUUCGUCUUUGCCACACAACACUCAGGAAAAGGUCGCUAUACAGUUUUACAUCUUCAUUCAUCUUUGCCACACAACACUCAGGAAAAGGUCGCUAUACAGUUUUACAAUUUCAUUCGUCUUUGCCACACAACACUCAGGAAAAGGUCACUAUUCAGUUUUAAAAUUUCAUUCGUCUUUGCCACACAGCACUCAGGAAAAGGUCACUAUACAGUUUUACAAUUUCAUUCGUCUUUGCCACACAACACUCAGGAAAAGGUCGCUAUACAGUUUUACAAUUUCAUUCAUCUUUGCCACACAGCACUCAGGAAAAGGUCGCUAUACAGUUUUACAAUUUUAUUCAUCUUUGUCACACAGCACUCAGGAAAAGGUCACUAUACAGUUUUACAAUUUCAUUCAUCUUUGCCACACAACACUCAGGAAAAGGUCGCUAUACAGUUUCACAUCUUCAUUCAUCUUUGCCACAUCGGUCCUGUAUGCAAACUUAAGGUCUCUUCUAUCUCUUUUUUUUAUUUAACAUCCUUAUUUCUCUUAUUUCAUGUCAUGUUUUCUGCACACCAUCAGCCCUGUCAGAUAAUGCUACCCUUGAGUCAGGCAAGAUCGAUCCCCCUUCAGCUACACCUUUUCACUGCCAACAUAAGACCUACAUGCCAAGGCUACACACCACUCACUCUUCAUGUCUUGUUUCUGCACUCCAUCAGCCCUGUCAGUGCUUAGCAACACUCUCAUAAAGCACAUUUGAAGCUCAGAGAAAUAAAGGAAAUAGAAUUGAAGAUUAACUCCUUGAUUGUGGAUUUCCUACGAGGUGACAUUGCCCAGCUACGGGAAUGGAACAAAAACUGGCUGGUACAAUUUAAUGGAGAGAAAUUUAAAGUCCUGCAUCUUGGGAGGGGAUAUCCAGCACACCAAUACCACAUGGGAAACACUCCACUAUCCACCACAGAGGCAGAGAAAGACCUGGGACUAUAUGUUACCAGGUUACCAGUGAAAGCCAAAUCCGUGCGAACCGCAGCGGACGAGUUGAAAAAAGGGAUUUCCUAAUAAAACAUAAAUACUUGGAUAAUUGGAAAACUCAAUAAAUUCUAUUAAAUGAUUUUAUUUCAUAUUAUUACCAUGCAUUCUUAUAAGUACUCAAGUUUAGGUUAGGAACAUACACUUGAGGGGCCUGGAUGGUGUUCGGCCCCAGCCCAUCAUGGCACAGGCAAGUGUUUAUAGUGGCGCCAUCUUCUCUUGGCUCCUUUCAACAUUACCCGGUAACCUUCCAUCACGAUCCAUGGCAUUCUGUUCAUCGUUUAACAGCAGUUGUAAGACCUUGUUUGGAAUUGGAACUCUUCAUCUCAGUGCCAAAUUAUGGAGACUAGCUGCAGUAAUAAUGAGGGCUUCGGUAGAUAUGAGAAGGCCGAACAUCACAGAAGAAAUGGCUAUGGACCGACAACAGUGGAGGAGGCUGAUAUCCCGUCCAACCCCAAGGGAGUAAAUGGACGUUAAAUGAUGAUGAUGAUGAUGAUGGUUUGGUAUUUUCAAGGUCUGUUUGCGUUUGCUUGCCUAAGGCGCCAAACUUUUUUUUUGAGAACUCCAAAGACUCUCUCAAUGCAAUUCUGUGAGGUGACAUGGGAUCGGUUGCAGUGCAUUUCUUGACGUGACGGAGGAUUUGAGACGGGUGUUGACAGUAACCUCGUGCAAGGAUAUCCGGCGUCACCUCGAAGACGACCUCUGUGAACCCCGUCUUCCACUGCAACACACAGACGACGGUUGUUGAAGAUAGUGGCGUCAUGUGUGCUUCCUGGCCACCUAUAGUCUUACAAAUACAUCGAGGCCAGUCUGGCGUAGGCUCCCGUGUGUCCUUUCCUCCCCUCUGCUCUGCCACACAGUCCCACCGCCUAUCUCCUCCUCUCAUAUGUAAGCUACAGGUGACAUACGAGAGGAGAAAAUAGGUCUUGGGACUGUGUGGCGGAGCAGAUGGAAGGAGAGGACCCACGCGAGUCUACGCAGACCGGCCUCGACAUAUCUGGAAGACUAUACCAACAACAUUAAAAAACUGUAGUCUCGGUCCACAAACAGCCUGCACGUUUAGAGAUAAUAUUCCUUUCCUGUUCGUAAGAGGUUCAGACUGAUCUCCAGGGUCUUCUUACAGCUAUAUGGGUACAGUCAAUACAGCCCAUCACACCAGGCAUCCCAGCUAGUGCCAUGAAGCUCUCCACCACCCACGGCGUUUCAUCAUUGCCAGGCAUCUUGCUAACAGAGUGGGUCGUCCUGGCAAGCGCCCUCGAUACAUGUUAGACGCAGCUGCACACUAAAGCUUGGGAAACAUCGUAGCAGUCUGAUAUGGCGAGCUGGUGGUUGUCUGUUGCUAGGUAUCUCAGUUAUCAACACCUGGAGGCUCUGGGACACCUGAAAAAUUAAAGAAAAAAUAAAAGUACAAUAAUAUAAUAUAGAACAUUGAGGUCCACGAUGAAGGUACAGAACUUUUUUGUCCCGGUAUAGACCUGACUAUGAGAUUGUACAGAUAAUGAGAAAAUUACUGCAAAUGAUGGACCUUAGUUGGUGAAACACAAAAUUAAUUAACUUAAAAAUAUAAACAUCUAAGUUCUCAAUAAAUUACCUUCACUAACUAACAUAUAAUAAAAAAUGUGGUUAAUAAUUACAAUACCUCCACAUCAGUAUGACCACAGUGUUAACUAUGUGAGCUGUACCUAUUUGCGAUGCGUAUCUACUCUAAAUAUCUACCUUUUAGAAUAGCCCCGAUACGCAAAUAAACAUACUUACAUAACUAUCGCACAGUAAACACUACGGCCAUAAUAAUGCAGUUAGUAUAAAUGUUUACGAAAAAAUGUACCCAAUGAGUUGUUAAUCUCGGUUAUUCAUAUGCCGAGGAAGAAGACCAAUUAUUCUACGCCAAAACGGACUCAACAAUUUGGUUUCACUCUAAGUAUUUGGAGGUGAAAUUCUUGUGUGUGGAGCUAAACUACCAAAAUACCGUUUCUAGGUGCUAAAUAUACUCUCCUUGUUCCCAGUACGUAUAAAUAUAUAAGAAAAAAAGUAAGACAUGCAUUUACUCACCUUGCUUGUUGUUUGUUGCGGUCUUGUGUU